AUGUCCGACGGUUCAAACGGGGUAAGCGAAGAAGACAACAGGACCGCAGUUCCUUGUCAUGAGUGGGACUACUACAUCGCAAACAAGGCAGACAGCAUCGUGAGCCGCUUCGACCUAGUUUGCGACCGAAAGUAUCUCUAUGACCUGUCCUCGCUCGCGCCUAUCAUCGGUUCCGCCCUCGUGGCGCCGCUGCUCGGCUUGGUAUCAGACCGCGCGGGCAGGAAGCCGGUGAUGAUAGCAUGCGCGUUCGCCCAGCUCUUCGCCACCAUCGGAUGCAGCUUCUCGGAGACGUACUCGUUCUUCAUCUUCACCCGGUGCCUGCUCUUCGUAGCGACCGACGUCACCUUUCUCAACACAUUUAUCUUGAUCCACGAGGUCACUGGAAACGCACACCGCACUACGUUCACUAUCCUCGACACUGCAGUACCGGCCAUCAUAGUCCCUCCGCUGAUGCACGCGCUGUCUCUCCUCGAACCGCGCUGGGUGCUGGCCCAGGCGCUCCCCGUCCUUGGAGGCGUCAUGCUUGCGGCUUGGUGCUGUCUGCAGGAGGAGUCGCCCACCUGGCUCAUCGCCACACGACACAUCGCUAGAGCCGAGAAAGCGGUACUGCUGGCAGCCAAGGAAAACGGCGUGGACGUGGCAAAGGCCCGGGCGACAUUUACGGUCAUCAAGGAACAAUUGUACAAGUUGGACGAUGAUUCCCCCAAUGCGGCUACAAUGGAGCGCGUAUUGGAGGCUGUUAAGACGCGACGUCGCGCAAUAUCCGCCCUUCUGGCCAGGUUCGCUUUGGACGCCACAUUCAUCGGCGUCACCAUUAGCGACGUGACCACAGGGAUUUUCUGGGAGGUGGCACAUGUCAUCGCGUUUGCGGGCUACGUGGCUUCCAUCUGCGUUUGCAUACGGCGAUACGGUGUAAGGGGGACUCUGUCCAGUCUACUGGUCAUCCUGAGUGGCUUCUGCGUUCUAAAAACGCUGGCGAUCAUCACCGGUCAACAUACGUUGGCGCUCUUUGUGCACGCAGGUUUGAAAGUGGCCGUGUCCGGCGCAAUGGCCGUCACGCUUUGCUACACGGCAGAGACGUUUCCAACGGCUGUGCGGAACGUCGGCAUCAGCCUAGCCCACCUCGCCGGGGGCGUGGGCAACGUCGUAGCCAUUGCCGUCAUACUUCUCACCGAACCACACGCCGGUCAUGUGUUUUAUGCUCUGUCGGCCUUCAUGGUUCUGCUAAGCGUCGCGGCGAUACAAUGGCUUCCCAAGGUCUAUAUUCAAAGACCGCCACGGGCGGGAUCGCUUGCCUCGUUGAGCGUCCAGGAACAAAAAGCGGCACUCAUAGCAUCGCUGAACUCUGGGACUCGUGGCCACAGGCACAGGGAAAGCAAAUAUUCGGUUGCGCAUUGA